UAAGAUUGUUAUCAACCUAAUAUAAGAUCCUUGUUUGCGCCUCUAUUUAUUUUUAGUGAUAACAUUUUUAUUGUGGAUUGUAGGCAGGAGAAAUAUGGGUUGCACACAAGGUCUCACGAGAAUAUUUGUAUUUUUGGCAAAUUUUGCCUUUUUUUUGGUUGGUGCAGCUUUAUUAAUUCUAGGAAUACUGUACACGGUCAACUACACAAAAUUAUCAGAUGCUAUCCCUGACGAUUUCGAAGCCAUCAGAUAUGUUUCUAUUAUUGCGAUAAUUAUAGGCUCCAUUAUAGUGUUUAUUGCCUUUUUGGGAUGCUGUGGAGCACUCAGGAGCAACACAUGUAUGUUGACAACGUAUGCUGCCAUCCUUUUUGUUAUUUUCUUGAUUCAAGUAGCUUUGGGCGUGUACGCUUUGCUAAAAAUCAAAGAUGAUAAUCAAUUACACAGUGGAAUAAACUCAGCUCUAAACCAACUACUUCAGGCAUACUAUCAGGAGGACACAGCACAACAAACUUUCGACUUUAUACAGGAAACCUUUAAGUGUUGUGGAGUAAAAGGUCCUUCAGAUUGGAAUACUACACCAACCAGUUGUGGAUCCUAUACAACAGGCUGUUCAAAUAUCGUAUUUGACUGGAUUCUCAGUUCUGUAAAAGUUAUAGGAAUAACAGCAAUCGCCGUCUCGGCAGUAGAAGUUAUAGGUGCCACCUUAGCUCUGUGCCUCUCCAAUUGCAUCAGAAAUCAUAACAGACAGACGUCAUAUUAUUAGAUAUGAUUAAGCUAAAUUGUGUUAUGGUGUAAAAAUACGUUUUUUUAAGUUAUUUGUGUGUUUAACCGAGUUAUAAAAAUAAUAUUAUGAAAGAUAGUUUUUUUGUACUUACUCUAAAUAAAAAAGAUAUUUUUCGUUUACCACGCUUU